AUGAAGUUCCUCCAGAUUCUCAGCAUUGCCUCGGUCGCUCUUGCCGCCCCUGCCUUGGUCCAGGAGCAGGAGACCACAGACCUUGCCGGCAGAGGCAUCCUGAUCGACGGUGUGACCGCGGCUAUCGGCACAGUCCGGACCACGGCCACCGCCAACGGUGCUAUCCUGCAAGGCACUCUUGCGGAGGCCGUCGCGAACCACACGCAGACGACUCAGAAGAUUGUAGCCAUGGUCGUUGCCAACCUCAGAGACACCGCCGCCGCAUUCCAGGCCAGUGCCGCCAAGCUCACACAGAGUGCGCAGACAGCCGCGGCCGCCCUCCAGGGCAGCACCUCGAAUACCAUCAUGCAGGAGAUCACUCAGGCGAGACUGGCUGUUAACCAGGCCCAGGAUCUUGUCAACUCCGUCAAGGCCACUGUUACCUUCCUCACCAACACAUACAAAGGCAACCUUGACGCUGCCAUCAGCGCCGAGAUUCAGGCACUGCAGACCGCCAUCGCCGCCUUUACCGGGCCAUUCACCACUCUGGCCGACUCGCUCAAGGCUGCCGUCAACCCGACCGACAUCCAGGCCUUGAUCAAAGCCGGCAUCCUCCAGGGUGUCGUCGACAUCCUCAAUACCCUGUCUAUUAUCAUCUAG